CAGUUAUUGUACAUUGUAGUUGAUUUUUAACUUCACUCUAUGCGUUUGCUUAUUACAAUGUUAUAUGUGAUUUUUUACAUGAGACUUUUGGCGAUUUCAAAGGCUUAUGUUAACGUUGCCCUCAAUAAACCAGCAUACCAACAGUACCAAUAUAUAUCAGGUGACUACAGAUAUCACGCCAGUAACGCUGUGGACGGACGCAAAUCUAAUCUAAGCUUUGGCAGUGGUCAAUGUGCUGAAUCAUGGUACGAACAAACCGCCACCUGGUGGGUGAACCUGACUAGGAUCCACAGUAUCCAUCACAUCACUAUUUACUUCAUGACGAACAAUGACGAUUCCUACUAUCGGACGUACAUAGCAGAUUAUUUACUUGGAUUCUCUGUGUAUGUCUCCAAUACCACGGAUAGAUCACAUGGAACGUUGUGUUUCAAGGACGACAACUUCACAACAAACACAAUACCUUCUGUUUUCACAACAAACUGUUCUGUUCAUGGACAAUAUGUCAUCUACUACAACGAGAGACUACCAGGAGUUGUCUACCCUGACGGUUAUGUCCGGAUUGCCCUUUGUGAAGUAGAGGUGUAUGGUUAG